AUGUUCAAGCGACAGGAGAACCAUAGUGGGAUCCCUUUCCAUACCCAGGGACUGAACGACCAGGAUGACAAGUAUUCCAAGACGCCUAUUGGUGUCCAAUCGAAGACUCGGUUCCGUUUUCGGUUGCGACAUGGAGUGAUUGCUCUCGGGAUGCUCGCAUUGACCUACUUGGUUAUCAGCCCGAGCUCAGAGACUGAUAACAGCACUUUGAAGUCUUUGAAGGAUCGUGUCCAGAUUGGAAACAGGAAACCUUCGGACAACACUCCUGUGAAGCCAUCGGAGGCGAACCCUGUAUUGUGGGAGGAGCGCAAGGAUAAAGUGAAGGAGGCUUUCCUUCAUUCAUGGAAAGCAUAUCGCAGGGAUGCCUGGGGCAAGGACGAGUACCACCCCAUUGCAAAGUACGGCAGCAACAUGGUCAGUCAGGGCCAGGGAUUCACCAUUGUCGAUUCACUCGACACCAUUCUGAUGAUGGGACUCAAGGACGAAUUUGAGGAGGCCAAGGCAUGGGUCCGCGACGAAUUAACGUUUGAUCAGGAGGGCGAAGUCAACUUGUUCGAGACGACCAUUCGUGUUUUGGGAGGACUUUUGAGUGCCUAUGACCAAUCAGGACACGACCAGGUAUUUUUAACAAAGGCCGUGGAUCUUGCUGAUCGUCUGAUGGGCGCCUUCAAGACUGCGAGCGGGAUCCCUUAUGCCAGCGUCCAUUUGAAGGAAGGACGCGGAGUUCCAGGACACGAGGGCGGUAUAAGUUCGACAUCAGAAGUGUCGACAUUGCAGCUGGAAUUCAAGUAUCUCUCAUAUCUGACUGGAGAUGACAAGUACUGGCGUGUGGCGGAGGAUGUUAUUCUGAAGAUGAAAGAUCUCGAGAGUGUCGAUGGACUGGUCCCGAUCUUCAUCAACCCUUACAAUGGACAGUUCCACGGAUCUGAGAUCCGCCUUGGUUCUCGAGGCGACAGUUAUUAUGAAUACUUGAUCAAGCAGUACAUUCAGACCUCAAAGAAGGAGCAUGUGUACAAGGAGAUGUUUGACCAUGCGAUGACAGGAGUCAAGAAGCAUCUUCUGGGCAGGAGCAUCCCCAACAAUUUGCUCUUUGUCGGAGAAAUCUCAAAGUACUCACCCCAGGAUCUCAGCCCCAAGAUGGAUCACCUUGUCUGCUUCCUCGGUGGAACCAUGGCCCUCUCCUCAACUGAAGGAAAGACUCUCAACAAGACGACUUUCCCGCGAUCAAGAUUCUCAAAGGUCGAGGAGGAGGAUUUCAAGAUUGGCGAGGAAUUGACGAAGGCUUGCUACGAGAUGUACCGCCAAACGGAGACGGGAUUGGCGCCCGAGAUUGUGUAUUGGGUCCACAAGGAGCAGCAGCUGAGUGGGCGACAGGAGCCCGAGCACUUUGAAGGAUCAGACUUUAUUAUCAACAACCGUGAUGGGCACAACUGGCUUCGCCCCGAGACAGUCGAGAGUUUGUUCUACAUGUGGCGGUUCACUGGCGACGAAAAGUAUCGUGAAUGGGGCUGGAAGAUUUUUGAGGCGAUUGAAAAGUACAGCAAGGUGCAGUCAGGUGGAUACAGUUCGAUCCACGACAUUCGACGCAAGGACAGCAUCGACUUUUCGGACAAGAUGGAGACAUUUUUCCUCGCUGAGACUCUCAAGUAUUUGUACUUGCUCUUUGGAUCCACCGAAGUUUUCCCCUUGGACAAGUAUGUCUUCAACACCGAGGCACAUCCAUUCCCUGUCUUUGACCCUCCAAAGUCACUGCUCGAGCGCCCUGUUGCCAAGGCCGAGCCGGAGCCUGAGAGCAAGGCCAAUGUUGUAGAGGAUGAGAAGGAGUUGCAUCAGGAGGAGCGACCACAUGGUAAUCAUCACGAGCAGGAUGCUGUUGAUGAGGCGUUGGAGGAGUUGGCUGUGGAGGGGUUGGAUGUUGAGGUUGAGGAGGUGCCUGAGGUUGAGGUUGAUUAUGAAGAGUCUUUGGAGGAGACUUCUGCUGAUGCUGCUGAGCGGGAGACUGUGGCCGAGAUUAUUAGCGAAGAGACAGCUGAUGUCUAA